AUGAAGGAUCAACUGUGCACUGUGAAAGCACCACGUUUCUCUGGGUUCCAGGUGGAGCCGGAUGGACUGUCUCUGAGCAGCUCCCACCACACAGAGGCUUUUCCACCUGGGACAUCCCUGCCUCUUGGAGAAGAAACCUCCAGCCAGGAGCUCACCCACAAAGCACCAUCCAGCCCAUGGCACAAAGCAAUUGCACCCAAGGUGACCGAGUUCAGCCUGGCAGGCUUCACACAGGACCCGGUGACUCAGCUCAACUUGUUCCUGCUCUUCCUGCUCACCUACCUUGUCACCAUCGUGGGCAACCUGGGCAUCAUCAUCUUAAUCAGGGCCAGCCCCCACCUCCACUCCCCCAUGUAUUAUUUCCUGGGCAACCUGGCCUUUGUAGACCUCUGUUUCUCCAGCAUCAUCAGCCCCAAGAUGUUGGUUGACUUGAUGUCAGAGAAGAAGAGCAUUGCUUAUGCUGGCUGUGUGGCUUAGGUCUUCAUCUAUGAUAUCUUUGGGAUGACUGAGUACUUCCUGCUGGCUUCGAUGGCCUAUGACCGUUACGUGGCCAUUUGCCAUCCCCUGCUGUACCCCCUUGUCAUGUCCCCAAAGUGCUGUUUCCAGAUGGUGACUGGCUCGUACCUCGUGGGGCUGACCAAUGGCGUGGGACAGACCAUCAGCAUUUCCAAGGAAUCUCUCUCCACUGCUCCUCACCUUUGCUUACCAUUGCCCCGUUGGCAGCAAUAG